AUGGAACUGGGCCACAGUGUGACUGACCUGAUGCCAAAUAACCAGCUGAUCGCUCUGAUCAAAGCAAUCAGUUUGGGACAUUUGGUCAGCAGCCACCUAAAGGGGAAAAGCUCUGCAACAAAGAGGUUUUCAGCUGUCCUGGAUGGGGUACAGCUCGGGCCUUGGGGUACAGAAAGAGGCACCACAGCGGUAAAUUGCCAUGCAGUUCACGGCACUGUGGAGGAACAGCCACCAGUGGCAACGGCUGGCUGCACCGGGGAGCUCAGCGCCGUACCAGGGAGCUCAGCUCCACGCCGCCUUUUCCUUCACAGCUGCCUGGGUGGCGGGGUGCCAGCCACAGGGACUCUGCAGUGGGCAACGUUCAUUGCCAGUAACAGUCUCCUCUGCUCACAGACCACGGCAUCACCCAGUAGUGUCCCUCCCAGCCUCCAUGCCUCCACAGUCAGCAGCAUCUUUGGUGCCCGACCUCCGCAGCCUCAAGAAAGUGUCCUUGGCAUUAGUUUCAAGCCCUACAGCCCAGAGUCCAGCUCAGCCCCAGCCGCCUGCACGACCUGUGAGAGCACACGAUCCUCCAUGUUCAGAGCUCCCUGCAUGAGCCAGAGACGGCUUGCACUCAUCUUCUGCAUCUCCGUCCUCAUCGUGCUGCUCAUCGCCCUCAUCCUGCUGUUUAUGUUCUGGCGGUCGCAGACCGGUAUCGUGUACAAGGAGCCUGCCGAGAGCUGCAAGGACAACCCCGUGCGCUGUGACGGCAUCGUUGACUGCUCCCAGAGGAGCGACGAGCUGGGCUGCGUGCGCUUUGCGUCCGACGAGUCCUUGCUCCACAUCUACUCCAGCACUGAGAACCAGUGGCUGCCGGUGUGCAGCAGCGCCUGGGACGACUCCUUCUCCAGAAAGACCUGCCGGCAGCUGGGAUUUCAGAAUGCGUCGCAGACUGAAUACAUCCCCCUGCACAUCUCUGGCAAGAGCCUCGCUGUGACUGACGAGCGAGACACCAUCCAGCAGAGCGUCAACAGCUCACAGUGUCUCACGGGAAAGUACGUCUCUCUCCGAUGCACAACCUGUGGGCAGAGAAUUUCUGGCCGGAUCAUUGGAGGAAAGGAAACCUCUGUGAGCAAAUGGCCCUGGCAGGUCAGCGUGCAGUACGGGCCGAUCCACAUCUGCGGCGGCACCAUCAUCGACGCACAGUGGGUUCUCACUGCAGCCCACUGCUUCUUCAUGAACAGCAUGAAGAUCCUCGACGACUGGAAGGUGUACGGCGGGGUCUCGGACCUGAAGCAGCGUGCGGAGGGAAUCCCUGUCUCCCAAGUCAUCAUCAACUCCAACUACAGUGAUGAUCACGAUGACUAUGACAUCGCUCUCAUGAAGCUCUCCAGGCCACUGACGCUCUCAGCUCAGGUUCGCCCAGCCUGCCUCCCCAUGUACGGCCAGCGAUUCCAGACCGGCAGGUCCUGCUUCAUCACCGGCUUUGGGAAGACCAGGGAGAACGAAGAUAACACAUCCCCAAAGCUUCGGGAGGCUGAGGUGAAGCUGAUUGACUACAAGAUCUGCAACAGUGACAAGGUGUACGAGGGCUACCUGACCCCACGGAUGAUGUGCGCCGGGUACCUGCAGGGGGGGAAAGAUGCGUGCCAGGGUGACAGCGGAGGGCCCCUGGUCUGUGAGGACAACGGUCGCUGGUACGUGGCUGGGGUGACAAGCUGGGGGACAGGAUGCGGCCAGAAGAACAAGCCCGGUGUUUACACACGUGUGACAAAGCUCCUCAGCUGGAUAUACAGCAAAAUGGAGAGCGAGAAUGACUAAGAUCGGGAUGGACAAAUGGACACUUGCCUGGGCUGUGCCUCUCCGGCCGGCGUGGGCCCCUGCCCUUGGUUGCUGCCAGGGCAUGAUGCUACCAGCAGAUCCCCCACCCAUUUCUGGACUGUCUACGCAGCCAGGGACCUGCCGCUGCCCCCAGCUUCAGAAAAUACAGCACCUGCAAAGUGACUCUGCCCUUGCCCGGUGCAAGGGCGAUGGCCUGGUGGUGGCUGGAUGCAGCACCCAGCCAGCCCUGGCCUGGCAGCGCGCAGGGGUAGCAGCCUGUGCCGGCGGCUGCCUGUGCCGGCUGGGGGGCACCUCCUUGCCCUAUGUCUGUGGCUCUUCUCGUGUAAAUAGAUGUGUCCGGCUGGGGGUGUCGCGAGUGCUUCCUGGCAGGACUGCAGCACACUUGGCGGGUGAGGGGCUGCUAGAGCUGCCCCUUGAUCCGGAGGAGGUUGCAGAUGGAUGCGAGGAGCAGGAAAGCUGUGGGGUGCCCAUGGUGAGGGAGCCCUCUCCUCUGCAUGCUGCUGCCAGGUCGCAGCUGUGCCGCCGUGGGGUGCGGGACGGGGCUCAGCCAGCACGGUGCAGCUGUGAGCCGUGCAGCCCCAGCAGGCAGCAGCUGCCUCCACCUGCAAGGCCACGCUCCCUCUCUUCUCCAGGGAGGGCUGAGCUUCCCUUUGGGAGCCCCAAGGUGCAGUUACAGCACCCUCUGGGAGGUGCCGUAAUUGCUCUCAUGUUUGCACAUAGGUUUAGGAAGCACCUUUUAAAGUAUGUUCCUCCCCAUGAGAGAAAUACACAUUUGUUUAUUUUUCCAUGUCGUGGGUAUGGUCAGAGCAAGCGCUCACUGCCAGGUUCCCCCACCUGCUCUGAUGAGGAUUUUGGCAGCAGCAUGGGGCAGGUCUGCUCUCCAGGGGUGGCUGCAGGAGCUGUGACAGAAGCCGGCAGCAGCCAAAGCCCAAGGUGGAGCGUGAUGGAGAGCAGCCACCCCUCCCCAGCAGCGCCCAGGCCAGCCAGCAUGAGCCAGCCCCCAGAUCUCACAGCUGUUUGUUCAGUGACCGGUGCCGGAUUGCUUCCUCCUUCUUCGGCCGCCGAGCAUGCAGGGAUUGCGUAGCCAACCUUGCUUCCCUGGCUACGCCAGAGUGGGGGACACAUUUCCCCCGAGGGAACAAGUGCCCACAUCUCCCUGUGGCUGCUUUGAGGCACACAGGGUGCUACGGGAGGUCCCCAGCAUGGCAGCGUGAGAGCCUGCUGGGUGGGCAGAGGCUGGCUGCCCCUUUUCUGAGCCUGCACUCCUCUCCCCAGACGUGUGGUCAGCUGCAGCAGGGUCCUGGGGAGCCUGGCCCCCCAACACUCUUCUCAAUAAAUGUUUUGGUAGUGCUCCA